CGCCGCAGCCGCCGCCGCAGCGCCAGCCCUCGCACCACGCAGAUAUGGAGCCAACACCGAUGGCGCCGCUGGCAGACCGCGGAGCCGUCGGUGAAUCCCUAGGCAGCGGAGUGUCGGGCCGCACAGUGCUGGUGCUAUCGCUGGUGGGCGUCGGCGCGGGCCUGCUGUUGGCAGGCCUGGCGCUGGCGGCUAUCCUAAUCGGUGUGCGCAGGAGGCGGCUGCGCAGGGCGGGCGGGGGCCGCGCAGGGGCCGACGGUGCUUCCCCGCGCGACAAGGCGCCGCCCUCUUCGCUGCCGUCCUCCGACGACAAUCCGGAUGUCGUCCCGCAGAAGGAAGAGGCUGUGCUGCCGGUGGCGGACCUGAAGGCGCUGCAGCAGUACGGGCUGCUGCUGCAGGAGGCGCGCCGUCCGGCUACGCUGGUGGACAGCGCGGCACAGACCACCGUCAUCUACGGCGCCUCCUCCACAUUCCCCAUGACGGUCAGGCUCGCUCUCAGCUCAUAG